AUGCACAACAAUUCAGUUCUGCGAGAGCGGUCGUUUCAAGGCUUGCUGACGAAAUGGCUGUUGGUGAUGCCCGUUCGUAUGGUACUCCCAGCGAUGAUAAUAUACACUGCGGCUAAGGGUGAGAGACGAUAUGAAAAUGCAUUCGCGAUGAAUGAUCUCUUACCAAUUACUGGAACUUUCGCUGUUCAUCUGGUUCCGCGAGAUUUGAAUAUAACGCGAGAAAAGAGGAUGGCGAAAUUGAAGCGCUCUUUACGAGGGUUGAGGCAAAUACAUAUACAUGCUGCUGUGAAUGCUGAUCACAUUGACGUGUAUGAGGAUGAUGCAAUGAGAGAGAUACUGCUGAGGGUCUAUGACUCGGCUCCAGAUCAUUAA